AUGGAUCAGACUCCUGUGCUUGCACUAUAUUGCUGGGAUGAGGUCAAUAUAGCGAGAAUUGCUUCUUGCUUUGGAUCCCCAAUGUACUUAGAUGGCAAUACCUUUCGCUGGGGAAAGCGUGAGUUUGGUCGGGUAGAUAGCUCAACUGGGAGGUUCUUCCAAUGGGUGGAGUACGAGAAGAUUGAUCUUCUUUGCUACCAGUGUGGCAAAGUGGGUCAUGAAGUUAAUGCCUGUCCAGAGAAUGUGAAACUUGGGAUUCUAGAUCAAAAGUUGAGGAUGACAGAUGCAGCUAAUGAGGAAGGUAAUAAGGCUGUGACUGACAAUAAGACGUUAGUGAUCAGUUCUGAAUAUGGCUUGUGGAUCCAGGUCCAUUUUAAAAAUAGAAGGGUGUUCAAUAGUAAUGUUACUAAUAGGAGAAUAAUUGGCGAUAGGGAUAAUACUGAGAACAUAAUAAAUAUUGAGAAACCUCCAGAAAUUCAGUUAAUCAAUAGAUUUGUUGCGUUAAUUGAAGUUAGUAAAGAAGAAGGCAGUGGUAAGUAUGAAGAAAUUGAUAAAUCAAUAGACAAGGUUAUGGAUGUAGCUGAUCCAGAAUUCAAUCAUAUGGGUGUGGGGUCUCAAAGUGGUGCUGCUAAAGUAAAGUUAGCCAAGGAGUUGAGAUCUUUAGGGCCAGUUGAACCUGGCUAUAAGAAGAAAAAGAAGGAUGGAAGGCAGAAUUCCCACAAUGGGGAGAAAUCCCCUAUACUUGUUUAA